CGGGUCACGUGGCGCUGCGAUCACGUGACGCCGCCCCGCGGGAGCCCAGGCGCAAUCCGGCUCCCGCAGCCCGAGGGAGGGGCCCGUUGUGCCCACACACCCCGAGCCAGGUUCCACCAUGCUGUCCCGCCUGCUCAAAGAACACCAGGCCAAGCAGAACGAACGCAAGGAGCUGCAGGGUGAGCGCUCCGGGGCCGCGGCCUGGCUUCUGCAGGAGGCCCGGACCUCGGAGAAGAGGAGGCAAGAGGCCAUCACCGCAGCGACCUGCCUGACCGAAGCUUUGGUGGAUCACCUCAACGUGGGUGUGGCCCAGGCCUACAUGAACCAGAGGAAGCUGGACCAUGAGGUGAAGACCCUACAGGUCCAGGCUGCCCAGUUUGCCAAGCAGACAGGCCAGUGGAUUGGAAUGGUGGAGAACUUCAACCAGGCACUUAAGGAAAUUGGGGAUGUGGAGAACUGGGCUCGGAGUAUCGAGCUGGACAUGCGCACCAUUGCCACUGCCCUGGAAUACGUCUACAAAGGGCAGCUUCAGUCUGCCCCGUCCUAGCCUCUCUCCAGCCUCCCAGACGAGAGGGGGACUGGUAAGGCCAUCAAUAAAACACAAGCUUCCAUUCUG